AUGCCAACCCUCUCCACACCUCGAGGCCAUGAUGCCCUGGUGAUCAGCACGGUCUUCACCACUUUGGCCACUUUAUUUGUGGCUAUUCGGAUUUAUACCAGGGCUGUGAUGGUGAAACAAAUGGGUGCUGAUGACUAUGCUAUUCUAAUUGGAUUGGCUUUCUCAUGGGGAUUCUUCGGAUUAUUCGUGGGUGAGGUUUACCACGGAAUGGGUGCUCACUACACGAGUAUUCCCCACGGAAUCUACGUCACGCAAAUGGUAUGCUUCUGGGCAUCAGUCCCAAUCUAUCAAACCAGUUUGAUUAGCACAAAGAUGUCUAUUCUCCUUCAAUACCGUCGAGUCUUCUCCACCACACCCCGCAUGCGUCUAGCCUGCAACUUACUCAUCGGAUUCCUGGCCUUGUAUGGUACCUGGACUAUUAUCAGUGCUUGGGCCAAUUGUGUCCCAGUUCGCAAGUUCUGGGAUCCCACUGCCAAUGGAUUCUGCUUUAACAAAGAAGCUCUCUGGUUCUCGAACUCGGGUAUCCACAUCUUGACUGAUCUCAUGAUCUUGAUCUACCCUAUGCCUGUCAUUCGAUCCUUGCAGCUUCCGCGAAAACAGAAGUACGCUUUGAUGGGAGUCUUUGCUCUUGGUGGAUUCGUGGUCAUCACUAGUAUUCUUCGUUUGAAGAGUCUUCUCGUUAUUUCUCACUCAAAGGACCCAACUCAUGACAACGUCGGUGCCGCUGAAUGGUCCGCAAUCGAAUGCAAUGUCGCUCUAAUCUGCGCCGCCCUCCCAAGCACACGCGCUUUCCUCUCCAAACUCCUCCCUCAUAUCUUCUCUACUCGAAGCAACGGUUACCGCAGCAAGACAACACGUCCCUCACGUAUGGGUCGGAGUGCACUUACCGGUACUGCACACACAAACAAUCACACAAACGUACACGCAUCUGUCAUUGGAGGUCGCGAGCUCGAUGAUCCUCUUUACGACAUGGAGAACUUGUCACCAUCCCAUGAUAGUUUCACCAAGGAACAUGAUCUCAAGAACGGCUUUGUGGGAAUCAAGGUUACGACUUUUGUUACGCAGGAGUCGAUUUCCACACCCGCUGUCCAAGAUGAUGCUGGCAGUACGAAAAAUCUAGUGUCGAAGCGACAAGAUAGUUUCUGA